AUGUCCUCUUCAUCGCUCGAAAAGGACAAAGACUUAGUACCCGACAGCACCCGGAUCGAAGUGACAAAAGCUUCAUUGCAUGAUUCCAUCGAGAAUACUGACACGGGGUGGUACAUCUGGCUCAUCGUAUUAACCGCCUCCAUCGGUGGCAUGCUAUUCGGAUACGACACCGGAAUCAUCUCAGCCGUCCUAGUCUACCUCGAAGAUAUUCUGGGUCAUCUAUUGUCAGCCAGUGAGAAGGAGAUGAUUACAGCGCCCUGCUCUGCCGGAGCAUUUGUGGAGUCCAUUAUUGCAGGUCUGACAGCCGAUCGAUAUGGACGCAAAGGGCCAAUGUACAUUGGGUGUGCUCCCUUCACGGUGGGAGCUGUCUUACAAGCCUCCGCAUACUCUGUACCGCAAAUAACAGUCGGCAGAUUGAUUGUUGGCUUUAGAGUUGGGUCCGCAGCAAUGAUUGUGCCAGCUUACAUUGCUGAAAUUGCACCGACCAAGCACCGAGGUCGAAUGAUCGGCUUGAACAAUGUUAGCAUCACCGGAGGCCAAGUCAUCAGUUAUGCUCUAGGCGCUGCUUUUGCGAGCUUUCUUAAUGGAUCGCGCUAUAUGGUUGGCCUGGGUGGUCUUCCUAGUAUACUGCUAGCUAUCUUGCUCCCGCUGUGCCCAGAGUCACCCCGUCAGUUGAUUCACUACGACAAACAUGAGGAAGCUCGAGCAGUUCUGCACCGCAUCUUCAAAGCCGCUACUCCUGAGCAAGUGCAGAACAAAAUCCACCUUAUUGAAGCCAGUGUUCGAGACUUUCAGGCUUCUACUGCUUAUUUCCGUGCUUUGGUGUGUGCCUCUACUCUGAUGACCAUCAGCCAAAUGUCCGGUUUCAAUGUUCUGAUGUAUUACUCCAGAACACUCUUCGCACUAGUCGGCUUCUCCAACCCGGUCACAGUGGGUCUCGUUUUCUCCGGAACCAAUCUACCAAUGACCUUAGUCAACAUGCUAGCCGUGGACUCCUUCGGCCGUCGACGACUCCUAGUAAGAACAUCUUGGGGCAUGUCGGCCAGCCUAGUCGCAGUUGCAGUCUCCUUUGCAUACAUCGCGGUGGACCUAGAGACGCUAGAAGUGACAACAAAAUCCAUCACAACAGCCGCCAUCAUUGUUCUACGCUCAAAUCUCAUUGUCUCCUCCACAUCUGUCUAUGAUGAAGGCAUCACACCAUCCGGCGCUUUUAGCUUUUAUGCAUGUCUAACCUUUAUUGGCUGGGUGAUGAUCAUAUUAUUUUACCCUGAAAUGUCGGGACUACAGAUUGAAGAGAUUCGCGAGGUUUUCAAGCUGGAUUUGGCGUCAGGUAUGGUUCGCGGUUGCGAAAGCAGCGUGCGGAGGAUAGUCGCGCCCGCCCUAACUGAGAUUGACUAUUGA